AUGGGACAGACAUGGAGUGUUUUUGUAGUUUCUGGGCUCAUGACAGACAGAGUUAAGAGGUCAACGGCGGAUCUUUGGGGUGUGACAAGGUUACUUGAGCCUUCAGGGAGCUUCAGUAACACACAGCCACUGUGGAUCACUGGUGUCUCUCCUUCAGUGUCUCUGCUGGUCAGUCCCAGCAGAAGUCAACACUUCUCAUCUGACUCUCUCUCUCUGAGCUGUGAGGAUCAGAGUAACUCUACUGGAUGGACAGUGAGAAGAUACACAGACAGAAACACAGAAGAUUGUUCAAAACUAACAGGAUCUACAUGUCGAAUCGACUCCCUCAACACAUCUGACGCUGGAGUUUACUGGUGUCAGUCUGAAUCUGGAGAGAAACGUCAUCCUCUAAACAUAACUGUUCAUGAUGGUGAUGUGAUUCUGCUGAGUUCUGUUGAUCCUGUGAUUGAGGGAGAUACUCUGACUCUACACUGUUUACAUCGAUCUACAAACUCCCCGAUCCUCAGAGCUGAUUUCUAUAAAGACGGAUCACUCGUCCAGAAUCAGACGACAGGAGAGAUGAACAUCACGACUGUCUCAAAGUCACAUGAGGGUUUGUACUACUGUAAAACAGAGAGAGGACAGUCACUGCACAGCUGGAUCUCAGUCAGAGUGUCAGGUUCUGUCUUCAACAUCCUCAGUUUUCUUCUGGCAGCUUGUCCGUAUCUGCUGGCGACAGUCGUGCUGCUUUUCAAAUGCUACAGAGCGAAGAGUCACAGGAUGCUGGAGUCUCAGGCUGAAGGCUGGGAAACACACUGGACACGGCCAGUCCAUCACAAGACUAACACACACACAUUCACACUCUCACUCAAUUUAGUGUCUACUUCACCUGUGCUGCAGAUUAGAUUGUGGGAGAAACCAAACCAACACAUGGAGAACAAGCAAACUCCACACAGAAAGGCCUCCUGCUCAUCAUCUACUUCAAAACAAGUUUCGUAAUGUGUCAGU